ACCCCAGAAGAGGGUAAGAGAGAAGAAAACAAAACAAGAGGGUACGGGCUUCUUCGUCAUUCCUCACGAAUUCGUCAUCUGGGUUCUCUCAAAUUCUCUUCCUUUUUUAUCUUCUGAGAUUUUCUGAGUGCAAAGUGCAAACCUGAUUUAGUUUGUUUGUACUGGGUCUCUCUCUCUCUUAUUUCUUCUUCUUCUCAUUCUUCAUGAUUUCUCAUUUUUCCUCUGUUUCUCGAAAUUUGUGGUUAUAAAUUCACAUUUUUGGGUGCGGUUGGGCUUCAAUCAUGUGUUUAUGAUGUUGAAUUAUUAAAUUAGAGUUGAAUGAGAUCUUCUUUUUGACCGUUGAAAAGAGGAAACAAAAAAAAAAGCAAAGGGCAACCAAAAAAAAAAGGCAAAGAGGAAGAAGAAGAUUGUGUUUUGUUUAACGCUCUUUCUGAGAUAAAGACAUGCGUUUCUUUUCUUCACUCUUUUUUAGCUCUCCUUUUGUUUACUAUCAAUGUUUCAUAAAGAGAUUUUCCCAAAUGCUCUGAGCUAGUUAGAGAGAGAGAGAGAGAGCUCCUAUAAAAAUUGGGUUUUGAUUUUUCCCUUUAAUUGAUAGAUUUCUAAUUUUUGGGGAAAAAUGCCGAUGUAUCAGCCGUUGAAGAGAGAUGGGCUAAUUGGAUUUGAAGGUGGUGGUGAUGGGCAAGUCUUAGAUCUGGAUACGGCGGUGAAAGACGGAGUUCUCGGCGGCGGCGUUAAUGGCGGUGGAGUUGUUGAUGAGAAAUUGGAUCUGAAGAAGAUGAUAAAGGAGCUAGAUUUACAAGAUAUUCCCUCUGUUUUCAUCUGCCCUAUCUCUCUUGAGCCGAUGCAAGAUCCUGUGACCUUGUGCACUGGUCAAACCUACGAAAGGUCAAACAUUCACAAAUGGUUUAACCUAGGCCACUUGACUUGUCCCACGACAAUGCAGGAGCUUUGGGAUGAUACGGUAACUCCUAACAAAACCCUUCACCACUUGAUCUACACUUGGUUCUCUCAGAAGUAUGUGUUGAUGAAGAAACGCUCCGAGGAUGUGCAAGGACGAGCUAUUGAGAUUCUGGGGACGUUGAAGAAAGCUAAAGGUCAAGCUAGGGUUCAUGCGUUGAGCGAGCUUAAGCAGAUCGUUGUGGCUCAUCUGAUGGCGAGGAAGACUGUUGUUGAAGAAGGAGGUGUCUCUGUGAUCUCUUCUCUUUUGGGUCCUUUCACUUCUCACGCCGUUGGAUCUGAGGUUGUUGCGAUUCUCGUGAGUCUUGAUCUUGAUUCGGAUUCCAAAUCCGGGUUGAUGCAACCUGCUAAGGUUUCUUUGAUUGUUGAUAUGUUGAAUGAUGGAUCCAACGAAACGAAAAUCAACUGCGCGAGAUUGAUAAGAGGAUUGGUGGAAGAGAAAGGGUUUAGAGCAGAGCUGGUUUCGAGUCAUAGUUUGCUUGUUGGGUUAAUGAGACUGGUUAAAGAUAAGAGACACAGAAAUGGAGUUUCCCCUGCACUUGGUUUGCUCAAACCAAUCUCGGUUCAUAAACAAGUUCGAAACUUGAUGGUUAGCAUUGGAGCAGUGCCUCAAUUAGUCGAUAUCUUACCUUCAUUAGACCCGGAGUGUUUGGAGUUAGCUCUGUUUGUUCUUGAUGCUUUGUGUUCCGACAUGGAAGGAAGAGUUGCUGUCAAAGACUCUGCAAACACCAUACCUUAUACUGUCAAGGUACUGAUGAGAGUGUCUGAGAAUUGCACAAACUAUGCAUUGUCGAUUCUUUGGUCUGUCUGCAAAUUAGCUCCAGAGGAAUGUUCACCUCUUGCUGUUGAGGUCGGUUUGGCUGCAAAGCUCUUGCUCGUUAUCCAGAGCGGGUGUGAUCCGGCGUUGAAGCAGCGAUCAGCGGAGCUACUCAAGCUCUGUAGUCUACAUUAUUCAGAUACCAUGUUUAUCUCCAAAUGCAAACUCACAAGGACAAUCCAAUAACGAAAAGGUUAAAUCUUUGGCACCGAUCGAUCACAAGACACACAUAUUUCAGUGGAUAUCCAUGAAAUGGUAAAUGCGGGUUGCGAAUCUGCCUCUGCCCUGAUGUGUAUAUAUAGAUGAAGAGUUUGAAGAUCCAGCUAUUGGUUUUGGCGGUUACAAUUCAAAGGAGAAAAGCAAGCAAUCCGCAGAUGGGAACUCGGGGAAGACGAAGCUGCGUGGGUGUGAGGAUGGGUAUGUAACGGUUUUCAUGUUGGUUCGGUUUGCAUUAGCAAAAAAUGUGUAAAGUUACCGCCUUUGGUUCAAUCAAUUUCAGAAGAAAGAAAAAAGAAGCAUUUGAAGAAGAGAAAGGAAUCAUAUUUAGUCUCUUGCUGUUUGUUUUGAUUUUUGACCACCCACAAAAGGAAAACAAAAAGGAAAAAUCUUUUGACCUGAAACUUGUAGCCUCUUUUAAGCUUUCGAAUCUUUUUCCUUCACUCAGUGUUUUCCUAUAUUGCCUUUUCUCUUAGAUUACGAAAUUAGACCAAAUGUCUUUAUUACUCAUUAUUAGUUCAUCUUUGUUC